UCUAACCUUUCAAGCGUUCGGAAGACUAAGGCGCAGAAAGCACAUUUUAUGUAAUUCAAGAACAAUCAUGUUGACCACACUACUGCCACUUUCCACGGCUCUUCGCCACUUCUCAACAAGACAGAUUGCAUUGAACAACUCCUUGAUAACAAAAGUAUGUGCCUGUAACGCAGUAUGCUCAACCAGUUCGUUUUCGACGUCCCGAAAUCGAUAUGCCGGGCCCCCAGUUCAGUCGACCGGUGGAAAGAAAGUUUAUGUCCGAGACAAACCUGUGAUGAACAUAGGGACAAUUGGACAUGUGGAUCACGGAAAAACAACCCUAACAGCAGCUAUAACAAAGAUUCUGUCUCAGAGCAACCAGGCUGAAAUGAAGACAUACGAUCAAAUCGACUCUACCCCCGAGGAAAAGAAAAGAGGAAUCACGAUAAACUCAACCAUUGUGACCUACGAGACAGAAGCAAGAAAGUAUGGUCAUAUAGACUGUCCUGGACACAAAGAUUACAUCAAAAACAUGAUAACAGGAACUGCACAGAUGGAUGGUUGUAUCUUGGUGGUCGCAGCAACUGAUGGCGCCAUGCCCCAGACACGAGAACACAUUCUACUGGCCAAACAGAUCGGUGUGGAGAAAAUGGUGGUCUUUAUCAACAAGGCAGAUGCCUCAGAUGAAGAAAUGCUAGAGCUGGUGGAAAUGGAAGUGAGAGAACUUUUAGCGCAGUAUGGCUUUGAUGCAGAUGAAACCCCAUUCAUUAAAGGCUCUGCCCUAUGUGCUCUGGAGGGCAGAGAUCCAGAGAUUGGAGAAAAGAAAAUAAAGGAACUUCUGGACACUUGUGAUGUUUACCUGCCUGUUCCAUUAAGAGAUUUAGACAAACCCUUCUUUCUUCCUGUGGAACAUGUGAUGUCCAUCACAGGUCGGGGUACUGUUGUCACUGGAAAGAUGCAGACAGGGGUAAUAAAGAAAGGGGACGACUGUGAGGUGAUAGGCUUCAACAAAAUCUCCAAAGCGCAGAUCAUCGGGGUGGAGAUGUACCGGCAAAUUCUGGAGCAAGCCCAGGCCGGAGACCAGGUGGGAUGCUUGAUAAAAGGAGGGAAAAAAGAGGAUUUGAAGAGGGGGGUCUUCGUGGUCAAACCUGGCACGUAUCCAAUCAGUAAUCAUGCUGAAGCUAAGGUGUUCUUUAGCUCAGAAAAAGAGGGAGGUCGCUCGAAAGCUUUCAUGAAAAACUUUUAUGGCAAUAUGUUUAGUUAUACCUGGAACAUGAAUACUUACUUUGAACUUGUUGACAAGGACAUGGCAAUGCCUGGUGAGGAUUGCAAAGUGAAUGUGAAGAUGCAGAAGAAGAUGGGCCUAAAAACAGGUCAGAGGUUCACCAUAAGGGGUAGCGGGGCCGAUGGAACUGUGACCUUGGGUUACGGAGUGGUCACGGAGCUCUUGCCAGAUAUCAACUUUGAUGACUUGCAGGCAGAACUUUUGGCUGUCAAGAAAGCAAAGAGGAAGCAGGAACAAGCUGCAGGCUAGAAUUACUAGAGUUAUUGAGAAAUCAGAGCAAAGCAGACUUUGUAUUUUAUAUUUCAUUGUAUUAACAGAUGUGAUGUAGAGUUUUGACCAUCAUUAAAUGUAUCAUAACUUUUGUACAUGUACCUACAAAUAUGUACUUGAUGUUCAUGACUACAUAUGUUUGUUUCAUUUCGUGAUAAAUUAUAAAAUUUAAAA